AUGCUGGCGAUCAAUCUCCUCAAGACCGGGGGGUUUCUCCUCAGCGCGGUAUCUGUUCUAGCAGUCCCAGUUGUGGUUGAGUCAUUGAACGAGACCCCCGCUGGAUGGGAGGAAUCAGACUCUCCCUCCCCUCAUCAAUUCAUCAAUCUCUCUAUUGGACUUGAGCCCGAAGACCACAAGUUGCUUGAGCGUACAAUCUACGAAGUCUCCGACCCUGACCAUCAUAAGUAUGGCAAACACCUCUCUCGUGAAUCUGCCAAAGAUCUACUCAAGCCUUCUCAUGCGGCUACCAAGUCUGUCAAGCGCUGGCUCUCUGAGGUUGGAGUUCCCAGCCAUCACAUCCGUGACGAGGGCGAAUGGCUUCACAUUCGAAUUACUGUCAAGAACGCUGAAGAAAUGCUCAACACUCGCUUCUCCAUGUUCGCCCGCGAUGACAGAAGCAUCGUGAGAACAAGAGAGUACUCUGUCCCUCACAACAUCCGCCGCCACAUUACAUCAAUCCAGCCCACAACACUCUUUUCAAGCUUCCAGCAUACUCGAAACCUUGAAGAAACUGCAACUACCAUGAUGAAGCGGGAUACCCUGAUUGAAAUGGAGCAUCGAUCUACCAAGAAUGGCAACUAUGGUGGACCAGGACCGAUAGACCUCAAGAAGUGCAAAACAGAGGCAACCCCUGCGUGCAUCCGUAAGCUGUACAAUAUGCCAAAGAAGUACCCAACUGCUGCGAAGGGCUCUAUGUUCACAACUGUCAGCUUCCAAAACAUGACCUCCCAGCGUGAUGAGCUCCAAGAGUUCCUCCGACGUUACGCUCCUGAUCUCAAAGGUGUCGCAUUCUCCGAUGACUCCGCCAAUGGCGGUAAAAACACGCAAGGCGACAAUGUUCCUGAGAAUGAAGGAAAUUUGAACAUUCAGUAUGCUGUCUCGUUAGCUUCUCGAAUCCCGGUACAACAUCUGGCUGUUGGAGGUAUCAACACUGACUAUAUCCCCGAUCUGGAUUUGCCACCAGGAGCGUACAUUGAGACCUGGCUCGAGUUUGCUGAACACAUCUUGAACCUGCCUACCAAAAAACUCCCUUCAGUCAUCUCUAUAUCUUGGGGCGAAUACGAACAGCACCUUCCCAAACAGUAUGCCCGCCAGGUCUGCAACAAAUUUGGACAGAUUGGCACACGGGGUGUUUCAAUCAUAGUCCCAGCUGGUAAUCAGGGCUUGGGUGUCGCAUGUCAAUCAAAUGAUGGAAAGAACACCACCAAAUUUCUCCCUACAUGGCCCAGUGCUUGUCCAUACGUAACCACUGUCGGUGGUACGGGAGGCAAUAACCCUGAAGUUGCACUGAGUGAUGGAGAAGGAGAGGAGUUCUCGACUGGCGGCGGGUUUUCUGAUCUUUUCUCGCGUCCUGAGUACCAGGACAAGGUCGUGAAGGAGUACCUGAAGAAUCAUGGCAAAAAGUGGCAGGCUUAUUACAACCAAAAGGGACGGGCCUACCCCGAUGUAGCAGCUAUUGCGGCUGAGUUGCCGGUCAUGGUCCGCGGUGAAAUGCGUCUUGCAACAGGAACAAGUGCAGCAGCGCCAACAUUUGGAGCCAUUGUUGCUCUUCUUUCAAAUGAGAGGUUGAGGAAGGGCAAACCUGUGAUGGGAUUCCUUAACCCUUGGAUCUACAAGAAGGGGCACAAAGGAUUUACUGACAUUGUGAAUGGAAGAAACUAUGGCUGCCAAGGUACUAGUAUGUUAGGCCUUCCGGCGCCCAAGAUACCUGAUGCCGGUUGGGAGGCGGUCGAAGGAUGGGAUCCUAUCAGUGGUUUCGGAACGCCGCUGUACGGCAAGUUGGAAAAGCUAGCCCUUUAG